CCCAACUGAGAGCCCCCAACGGCAAAUGCUGCCCACAAACACCAGCCCCCACUGGCCCUCCCCGGGGAAAAGCACUCGGAGCUGAAGGGAGAGCUGGAAAAGGAGACACCAAAUACAAGUCCCAGGUGUUCAAACAUCCGUUCCCAUUGUUGUGUGACCCCAACAGCACUGGGACACGCCAUGUCCAGAGAGAACGCCAAACUCCCCUCUCUUUUCCCCUCCUUGAACUGAUGAGACUGGACGUGCCUGGCCCCACCAGCCAUGUGACGUCACCAGCAGCGGUGUGAUGUCACAGUGCGUCUCCAUGGUGAGCCAAGGCUCUACCCAGGGCCACGGGGCAGUGGGCACCAGUUCCUCCGCUACCCUCUCCCUGCUGCCUUCUCCGCUCUGACACUGCGACCUGCAGCACCCACCGACCGCUUGCACCAGCCCCAUGGCUACUGCUGACCGAGGCUUUGGAGCCACCGGCGAAAGGGAUGGACCCUGGGUGGGCACCUGGAGACCCCACCGCCCACGGGGUCCUGUCCUGGCGCAAUUCACCAGCCCAGGACCCAAGUACACUGUCCUAGGGACAACAGGGCACCUGGCUCACAACCCCACCAAAGCCAAGGCCCCUGCGUACAGCAUCCCUCUGGCCAAGCUGCCCCCGCUCGCCAGCUGCUCCCCGGGACCACGCUACUUUGUGCCCCCCGAGAUCACCAGGAAGGGGAAGUACACCUCUCCCUCCCAGCACAUCUGCGGGCUCCCGAAGAUCAAGACGGAGAUCACCCCUGGGCCCAGGCACCUGGCUCACAACCCCACCAAAGCCAAGGCCCCUGCGUACAGCAUCCCUCUGGCCAAGCUGCCCCCGCUCGCCAGCUGCUCCCCGGGACCACGCUACUUUGUGCCCCCCGAGAUCACCAGGAAGGGGAAGUACACCUCUCCCUCCCAGCACAUCUGCGGGCUCCCGAAGAUCAAGACGGAGAUCACCCCUGGGCCCAGUGACUAUGCCACCGAGAAGGCCACCAGGCAGAUCUUCAAACGCCCGCCGGAGCAGCACAUGGUGUUCCGGCACAAGGAGACACAGAGCCAGACGCCAGGUCCCGGCGCCUACACGCUGCCCAGGCUGGUGGGGCCCAACACUGCCUACACCACCGCCAGCCCCUGCUACACCAUGGUGGGCAAGAAGAAGCGGGGUGGAUUUGCCGAGGACCUCGCCAGGACACCGGGGCCAGCCGCCUUCCCCAAGGUAGACGUGGAUGUCUACAAGACCAGGCAGCCCAGUUACGCCAUGGCCAGCAAAGCGGGAGCGGGAGGCGACCGCACGCUGAAGCCAGGGCCAGCGGACUACCGUGUGGGGAAGGUGACGCUGAUCAAACCCGAGGCGCCCGCUUCCACCUUUGGGCUCCGUCACUCACUCUAUACAACUCCUCUGAUUGUGCCUCCCUGAGCAGCCAACCCCACUCACCACCUCCCGCUGCUCCCUCGGGGCAAAAACCUGAAGGAUUCCCUUCUGCUUCCCCAAGGCCUGCUGUUCCCACACCCUCAGCAGCUCACUCCUUUGACUAAGCUGUCCCCU